GGCGGCUCGCUGGGCUCAGUCCGCGCCGCUCCGCCGCUCGUGCCGACGAUGGGAGACGUUCUGUGCGAAGAGCUCGAGGAUUUAGUUCACUUCUCAGUGCACGACCUGCCGGCACGAGGCUAUGUCGUCAUGGAGGAGAUCCGACGUCAGGGGAAACUCUGUGAUGUCACGCUCAAGGUCGGGGAUCAUAAGUUCAGUGCUCACCGGAUCGUGCUGGCGGCCUCCAUCCCAUACUUCCACGCCAUGUUCACCAACGACAUGGUGGAGUGUAAACAGGACGAGAUCCUGAUGCAGGGCAUGGACCCCAGCGCCCUGGAGGCUCUGAUCAACUUUGCGUACAGCGGCCAUGUUGCCAUCGACCAGCAGAACGUUCAGGCUCUUCUGAUUGGCUCCAGCUUCCUGCAGCUGCAGAAUGUGAAAGAUGCCUGCUGCUCCUUCCUGCAGGAGAGGUUACAUCCAAAGAACUGUCUUGGCGUGCGUCAGUUUGCAGAGACCAUGAUGUGCACGACUCUGUACGACUCAGCCAACACCUUCCUCCAUCAGCACUUUGUGGAAGUUUCUGUGUCCGACGAGUUUCUGGGUCUGAGGACGGAGGAGGUGCUGGAACUGGUGGGCUGUGACGAGCUCAACAUCAAAGCAGAGGAACAGGUGUUUGAGGCGGUGCUGGCCUGGGUUCAUCAUGACCGGGACCUGAGGGAGUCUCUCCUGCCAGAGCUGCUGUCUAAGAUCAGACUUCCUCUCUGUCGACCUCAGUUCCUGUCAGACCGAGUCCAGCAGGACGAACUUGUACGCUGCUGCCAUAAAUGCAGAGAUCUAGUGGAUGAAGCCAAAGAUUUCCACCUGAUGCCGGAGCGUCGCCCUCACCUGCCCGCCUUCAAGACCAGACAGAGGUGCUGCACGUCCAUCACAGGACUUAUCUACGCUGUGGGAGGACUUAACAGCUCAGGUGACUCGUUAAACGUGGUGGAAGUGUUUGAUCCAAUCGGGAACUUCUGGGAGCGAUGUCAGCCAAUGAGGACGGCUCGCAGCAGAGUGGGCGUGGCUGUCGUUAAUGGGUUGCUGUACGCCAUCGGUGGAUACGACGGCCAAUCACGACUCAGCACAGUGGAGGUUUACAAUCCCGAGACAGACAGCUGGACACGCGUGUCGAGCAUGAACAGCCAGCGCAGCGCCAUGGGAACGGUUGUGAUUGAUGGACACAUCUACGUCUGCGGCGGCUACGACGGAAAAUCAUCUCUCAACUCUGUAGAGUGUUACUCUCCAGAGACCGACAGGUGGACGCUGAUGACGGAGAUGAGUGCGAGUCGCAGUGCUGCAGGUGUGACGGUGUUUGACGGACGUAUCUUUGUCUCUGGCGGCCAUGAUGGUUUACAGAUCUUCAACACGAUGGAGUACUACAACCACCACACUAACCGUUGGCACCAGGCGGAGCCGAUGAUGAACAAGCGUUGCCGACAUGGGGCGGCGGCUCUGGGCAGUCACAUGUACGUGGCAGGGGGUUACGAUGGCUCAGGUUUCCUGAGUGGGGCGGAGGUCUUCAGUGCAGCAUCGGGGCAGUGGAGCCUCCUGGUGGCCAUGAACACACGGCGCAGCAGAGUGUCGCUGGUCUCUACGUCUGGACGUCUGUACGCGGUGGGCGGAUAUGACGGACAGUCCAACCUCAGCUCCGUGGAGAUGUACAACCCCGACACCAACCGCUGGACCUUCAUGGCGCCCAUGGUCUGCCAUGAGGGGGGGGUCGGGGUCGGCUGCAUCCCCCUGCAGCCCGCCUAAACCCUCCAAUUAGAGGCAGAGGAUUGACACGUUACUGACAGCUGCAAGCGGCGAGCCCGCGCCCUCCGCUGGCGCUCACUGAGCUUUAUCGGUACGACGGCCGGGCUCAGACCUGCACACUGAUGCUGGGCCUGUGGGAUUAUGGGUAAAAAGUAGAGCUAGCCUGCGGCUGCUAGCGUUGUGCAAUUAGCGAGCGUGUUGACUGAUUAAUGUUGAAUAUUGAUUUUAUACUGAAAGGACCAAAACGGGAAGUCAUUUCCUCUCAGAACAAAGCUGCUGACUUGAAACAGGACGAGUGCUUAUUGAUCAGAGACCCCCCCCCAGCUCCUCCUGUCAGCUUUUAUUUUGAAGGGUACGUCUGAGUGUUUCCUUCUGCUGCGUUUCAUCAGUUCAGUGUGAGCAGUGUUCGUCAGGCCUUCACACAGCGGGGACGCUCGUUCACACUGACGCUCGUUCACACUGAUGCUCACACAUCACCGUUUCACAAGUUAAUGUCCUCCGAGGUGUCUGUAGUCAGGAGUUAAUGUCCUCCGAGGUGUCUGUGAUCACGAGUUAAUGUCCUCCAAGGUGUCUGUGAUCACGAGUUAAUGUCCUCGGAGGUGUCUGUAGUCAGGGGUUAAUGUCCUCCGUGGUGUCUGUAGUCAGGAGUUAAUGUCCUCGGAGGUGUCUGUAGUCAGGGGUUAAUGUCCUCGGAGGUGUCUGUAGUCAGGGGUUAAUGUCCUCGGAGGUGUCUGUGAUCAGGAGUUAAUGUCCUCGGAGGUGUCUGUAGUCAGGAGUUAAUGUCCUCGGAGGUGUCUGUAGUCAGGAGUUAAUGUCCUUCGAGGUGUCUGUAGUCAGGAGUUAAUGUCCUCGGAGGUGUCUGUAGUCAGGGGUUAAUGUCCUCCGAGGUGUCUGUAGUCAGGGGUUAAUGUCCUCCGAGGUGUCUGUAGUAAGGGGUUAAUGUCCUCGGAGGUGUCUGUAGUCAGGGGUUAAUGUCCUCGGAGGUGUCUGUAGUUAGGGGUUAAUGUCCUCCGAGGUGUCUGUAGUCAGGGGUUAAUGUCCUCCGAGGUGUCUGUAGUAAGGGGUUAAUGUCCUCCGAGGUGUCUGUAGUCAGGGGUUAAUGUCCUCCGAGGUGUCUGUAGUCAGGGGUUAAUGUCUGACGUGGAGGCGGAAACUGUCCAACAGAGGAAGGGUGUUUAAACACAACAGAGCUUAUGCUAAAAUGUUAGCGGACAGCUGCUGACACAUGAUCAUCCCGUUAACACUGUCAGUUAUCACUUGUGGGGUUCCUCAGGGCUCAGGUCUGGAUCCUCUAUCGUUUCCAUUUAGACUAUUAUAUAAGACAUGCUCACAGAGUCCGUUCAGUUCUGAUGAUGGACACCUCAGAGUUGUCCGUCUUAAACCACGCCCACUUUCCAAAGAAAUAAAAGUUAUAUUCAGUUAUAUUUUCAUGCUUUUUGUAUUUAAGCCAUAACUCGGUUUCCCCACUAACACCUUAGGGUCUGACUAAUACCUGGAACAGUCAUUACACCCUGUGAGGUUCUUAUGCAAUGGAAACAUUGUUCAACGGUCCAGUGAAUAGGACAAACCUCAGAUAAAACGUAGUAACGGGAGUUAUCUGUAGAUCGUCAGCUCGUAGAACCAUUUGACCCAGCUGUUAGCCGCAGAGCUAAAGUCAUGUUAGCAAGAGUCAAAGUUCAUAACAAACAGGAAGUAUCAUUUGACGGGAUGUUUAACAACAGGACGAGUGAGCUAUCAGACACGUGACUGUCCCCAAAUCAACCAACAAACACUGCGCUGUAACGUUGGCAUCGUCUGCCUGGAGCAGCGAGCUGAAGAGUUUAGAAACAAAACAUUCGCAGGCGAGUAUUUUGCAUUUCGGCGUUGUUUAUUGGCCACGCCCCCGGCUGUGUAAAGGCCUUUAUUAUGACAAUGGAGGAAGUGAUAAAUGUGGUUGGUGCUCUGAUAGAUGUUAACAUGCUAACAGCGAUGACAGGAGACAAAGGGCACCAGGUGUGAUGUCAGAUUGAUGACGUGUCGUCUCAGUGAGCUGACUGACGAUCAUGUGACCGGCUCAGAUCAACGAUCACACUGUCACUGGAUUCUUGUUUCUUUAUGGACGUACAUCAGAGAGAAGGAGUUCUGCGGCGCCCCGCCGUGGAGGCUUAUGUCUUUGUCCUGCUGAAUGUCCACGUCUCUGACAGACCAUAAUAAGAUGAGACGCAGCUGAUGGAAACUGUGCUGAUCCGUGUGGCAGUAUUAAAACUCUGUCCUGAUGCUGAUGUCAUCAGACCCUCAUUUCCUGUCAUGUCACCAAGGUUACAGUGUCCUGAACACAGAGUGAAACUAAAGAUCAGCAUGGUAAAGGUUACUUCCUGUCAGUCUGAUGGCAGUGCCUGAGGAAACAUCCUUGAGUGAGAACAAAUGUUAAUUCCAAUCAGGCGUGGUGUUUAUCGGAGGCUGCAGAGAGACACACUCGACACAGAGUUCCCACAGUCAGGGAAAACCUGGAAAGUCAUCGAAUUAGUAAAAAUCCCUGAAAGUUUUGGACUUUAGUUGUAGUGAAAUCUUUUGGUGGAGAAUCGUCCAUGUGAUGUAACAACACAGCAGAUUAAUUUUUUUGUAGCUGAUGACGUAACGCAGCUCUGACAUGUGUGGCGUGUUUUUAUCCAUGUCCGCCGUUGAAAUCUAAGAGCAGAGGAAUUAUAUUUCAGGUAGUCCGUCCGUCCAUACGUCCCGUCCUUGUGAACGGGAUAUCUCAAGAAUAACUUGAGGUAUUUUUUUUUUUUUUUUUUUUUUCAGAUUUGGCACAAACAUCCACUCAGACUGAAGAAUAAACUGAUGAGAAUUUUGUGGUCAAAGGUCAGCUUGACUGUGACAUCAUCAUGUUUUAACGUCAUAUCUCAGGAACAGAAGGGGAGACAUUUGGUCAGAUACUGAAUUGGUGACUCUAAUCUUGAAACUGUGCUGAUUGUAUAGAUCUUCUGUGUGUGAAGCAUCCAUGUUUUCACUGACAUGGAUGGAGACUGUAAUUUCGGGUUCAGACUGCACAAUUACAGCCUGACGCAGCGUCGUACGGUGUCGGCUGGAUCAUGAACAAUAAUCCAUGGUUUCAUCUGGUGUAGUGUGUCAUAGCAGACAACAAGUGACGCCACGUCUGGGGUGCCUCACGACGUCCCAACAGAAACUCUUUGACCAAUAGGAACACAGAGUGAUCUGUUGCCAUGGAAACUGUAGGACAACAACAGCCCAGCCUUUUAGAUAUUUCCUGUAGGGACGUUAGCACACAGAGUAAAAAGGAAACAGCAGAGGCACUUUAUCAACCCGCUGAGUACUGCCAUUAGCAUCAAGCUAGCAAAGAA